CCACAAAACGCCACUUGACGGCGUUUUAUAAACAGAAAUAUACGACGUAACUUACACAUUUGAUCAUCCUGGAUUGUUAGAUUGAUAUUAAUCUAACGGCCGAAUACAGACUGCAUUAUCCUGAUAGUAUAAUAAUGGUUCAGCCCGUGCACAGUUAUUUUUUGCUCUGGUUUUGCGCUUUUUUCCAGCUUCCUGCUGCAGGUAGCCCCGUCGCCACUCCGUUAACCUUUUGCUUAUGGGAAGUAUAAGAUCAAUUGUGGCUUGUUUGUCUCUAGCCGCUUUAGCAAGGAAAAUGAAUGCCUCGGCCGGGCUGUUCUUUGCGGGGACAUCAUGCGCGCGUCCCGCUGCUGCGCCCGGUCUCCUACGCCUGACUUCAGUUCCCGGUUAUGAUCAAAACCGCGUGAAUGAUGUUUUACUCUUGAAGCCUGCCACGGGAACACAAAAAAGAUGCGACAGCCAAACAGAAAACACGCAAAAUGGAAAUGCGCAUGUUGUUUUCUUUCCUGGAGACAUUCAGAACUUUCAACAAGAAAUGGCUCUCUAUGCUGACACGGCCCCAUGGCAGUCCUGGAGUCUUGAGGGUGUGGCCCUCACCUUGGGUCAUCGUUUCCCUGGCUGCCAUAUUUGGGUCAUCCGUGCGUCCCACAUGUACCUGCACAAGUUCAGCAGCUAUCAGAACUUUGUAGAGAGCAAUUUAUUUGGAGCACCAGAACACUCUCCAGACUAUGGAGCCAUCCGUCACCUGAGGGCACUCCUGGGUCACAGCAUGGAGCAGGCAGGAUUCCCAAAUCCAUUACCUCCUCUCAGUGGAACAUCCACCCCUGCUCCUCUACCUCCGGGUUUUACUCUAACCAUAGUGGGCUUCAGUAAGGGAUGUGUUGUUCUCAAUCAAAUAGUGUAUGAACUGGCUGGAGCUCGAGUAGAGCCUGAACUUAGUCUGUUUUUGAACAGUGUUUCGGACAUGUACUGGUUGGACGGAGGGCACCCUGGUGGAAGUGAGACAUGGGUGACCGAUAAGUGUGCUUUGAGGGAGCUGGCCUCUAGUGGGGUGGCUGUCCAUGCCCAUGUCACACCUUAUGAGGUAAGGGACCCAAUGAGGGCCUGGGUUGGUCGUGAGCACCAACACUUCAUAAAGACCCUGGAGGAUCUAGGUGCCUGUCCAAGCCAGAAAUUGCACUUUGAGGAUGAGCCAGCAUGCAUUGAGAAUCAUUUCCGGGUCCUUAAGGAGUUUUAACUGUUCUCAGUAUUUGCGUUCAGAAGUCUUAACAUGGAAUGUAUUCUUCGCAGAGCAUUGCACAGAUAUAUUAGUUAGUCAAGAGCUUUACUCAAUUUGUUUGAAUGAGUGGAUGAUUGUAGAUGAAGACCAAACUUGUUUAUCUGCCUUGCGUAAGCCUUGCUGUUUGACUACAUAGGCUUACUUCUCAAAUAUAAGGACAUAAUGUUUAACCUAGUGCAAAUGUUGACAUGCUUAGUUAAGCUUUCUUAAUCUUACAAACCUCAUCCUCACGUUCAAAGGGCUGUUUUUCCCCCACUUUGAAUCGAAAAGACCGAAAUAAUCAGAAAGUGCUUAGCAUCUAUUUAAAUAAAUAAUAAUAAUAUUUAAAUACAUAUUUUUGUUCUACUGUAGUUGAGCAAUAAGCAUGAAUUUGCAUUCAAGCGUGCAUGUUAUUAAUAAUUAACAAUAUUAAUUGUAGUGUAUGGAUAUUAUUGAAUGUAAAACACUUAAAUGCUUCCUUAACAAAGAUAAUAUAGUCUUAGAUUAACACUAUAUUAAAAAAACAUCACAGUCUAGGUGUGAUGAUCAUUGGUUUACAAUAACAAAUAUGUCCUGGUUCGCGUGUUUAUUAUGUGUUUUCUUUAAAAUUAUAAUGUUAUGUUUUUUCUCAGUUGGAAUGAAUUGUAUAGAAUAUAUUUUUGAAAAUAAUAAAAUGCCAAAUAAUUCAGUGGAAUUUCACAAUGAUCUGUACUUAAAGAGAUAGUUCACCCAAAAAUCUCAAGGGUGUCACACGUGUCUCAUGUUGUAACCUGUAUACAUUUCUUUGUUCUGAUGAAAACGAAGGAAGAUAUUUUGAGGAAUGUUUGGUACCAAACUGAACAGAGUCCCCAUUGACUUCCAUAGUAUUAUUAAAAAAAAAAACAUGUGAGUAAAUUAUGACAGCAUUUUCAUUUUUGGUGAACCAAGACUGUCCCAUUAAAUGUGUUUUCUGUGCUUUAUUUUCACACCAUUAUUCUCUAGAUGGCGCUGUUUAUCUAAAAUGUGAUCUACCAAAUGCGUCAUACAGAUGAAUGUGUGGAUAUUGUCUGUAAUCUCCCUACAGUGCAUUGAGAUAAAUGUACACCCUGCUUCAUAGCCAUUCCAUUGUUUCAGUGCUGGUGUAAAUAAAUAAUACAAAAGUUGGAACGUA